AUGCCUUGUAGAUUUUUAUGUUUUAAAACACCCGAAACAAAAUCUAAUUUUGUUUUGAUAAGGAAGGGUGUGAAAAGACUUAAAAGAGCAACUGGGUUCACCAGCCAAGGUUGUGCGAAAGCCGACCGACUGACUGACAGGCCCAGUGAAAACAGGCCCUUGGUCGUGCGAAAGCCGAUCAGACUUGACGGCCCAGUGAAAACAGGCCAAGGUUGUGCGAAAGCCGACCGACUGACUGACAGGCCCAGUGAAAACAGGCCCUUGGUCGUGCGAAAGCCGAUCAGACUUGACGGCCCAGUGAAAACAGGCCAAGGUUGUGCGAAAGCCGACCGACUGACAGACAGGCCCAGUGAAAACAGGCCUUGGGUUCUGUGA